GUCAGCCACAGGAAGUUGUCGCAACUGUCGCAACUUAGUUCGGGUUUUCGGAAAAUGUUUUGAAGGACUGCGGUGCACGCGCGCCUGUAUCGAAAGUGGUUUCUCGACUCUCAUCAAAGUUCGCGUGCUGACCUCGCGUCAACGCUGCACUUCCCGAAGAGUCUGUUGCGAUGCAGCGAUGCUUAUGAAACUGUGUCGUGCUCUGCGAGGCCCUGUGUGCGGCAUGCUACUUGGUGGUACAUUCCUAGUGACCCUGCUGGGCUGCUGCGCUGCCUUGGGAACGGUGUCGGUGACUAACGAGGAGGACAACAUAGAGGUUGACAUUGUCAGUGCACCAGAAAACUCAACUCUGUUUCUGAUACGACUUCAUUCCCAUGCCACUGGUUGCAUGGACACAGAAGCUUCAACUGUAGAACAAAUGCUUUGGAUCCAAGAUGCUAACAUGACGGUAUCCUAUCCACGGCAAUCACUAGAGCCGGGCAGGUACUGCGCGCUGGUGGUGUCACCCAGCGGGAAUGUCACUUCGCAGCAGCCACUCGACGUCAAGGAGGAACGUCCUGUUCCUACAUUCGGCAGGACUAAACCAAACAGCCUGGCCUGCAGCACUUGGAAUGCCACUGUCAGUGUCAAAGGAUCGGUUAAAGAGGGAACCAUUCAAGCAACAGUGAACCUGUUUGAAGACAAGAUGCCCCAGUGCGAGCACCUGAUUGUGGCUUUGUGGAAACCAUCGAACAGUGCACUUCACCAGUCCAUCCCAUGCGUCCACGAUAUCAGCUUUGUAGACGAGAUUUCGGCCAUUGCUAACCUCUCAGUGGUGGUGAAGUUUGAUGACUUGAGUGCAGGGAACUACUGUGUUCGGGUGACACCCCGGUGCGAUCCAUCCGAGGACUGCCUCACCCUCACCUCCAAAGUCAUUGAGCUGCCUGCUCCGGUGGAUUCCAAAGAGCAAACAGGUGGGGCAGCUGUGCAGAGUCGUCUGCUGUGGCUUCUGCUGCUCCCAUUGCUGGCCGGUGUAGCUGUGGUCAUUGCGCUGGGUGCCUUCUGGGUGCGGCGCCAGUCCUGGUUGGCACGCAACAAGCCUUUCGUCCUGAGCUCGCCCCUCCCUAUGUUCCACAAGCCUCGAGUGGAUCCGGGUCCUCCUGUGGUGAAAGUGGUGUACUCACGUGACAGUGAGGCCCACGUGGCGGCGGUGUCCCAGUUGUGCGAACUGCUGCGGCGCGAGCUGGGUUUUCGGGUCGAGUGGGACGAGGCAGCCGUGGACCUUGCACACGUGACGCAUGACUGGGCGAUGGCCAUGGCCCAGCUUCCGUGUCCUCACUUCAACCCGGCUACCAAGACGACCACCCCUGUCAAGAUGCUGGUGCUCGAGUCGGAUGGGGCACUGCUCAAGCACCAGGCCUACCGACAGCACAAGGACUUGGGCCAGGUGAGCGAGAGCAACGUUGACGAGCUGUACCACACAACGUAUGCAGCACUGCUGUCGAACCACGCACAAGCACUCGGUGACUACUGCCACAUCACGGUGGCCCGGCUGCCAUACACCACACUGCCUGAUCGCCUCGACCUAGUGCCUGAGAAACGGUACCUGCUGCCGGAACACUUGCAACCGCUGCUCCAAGCCCUGCUGCAUGGAACAACGUUGCCACAGAGUCGUGCAGAAUUGGCACUCCGCUCGGAGGCACACAGUCAUUUCAGCACUGCACUGGCCGAAGCUGGCAAAUCCCACAAUGAGAAAGGGUUUGCAGAAGACAGCAUCUGUGGGAAACUGCGGGCCAUUCUUGCCCAGGCAUGACCACACUGUCCCUUUGAUGGAGGUUGUGCUUGAAGCAUGUGCUGGUGUGACACUUCUCUUGAAUGUCAAUAAGACAGAAGUUCAGGGGAAGAUGAAUGCUUCAAGCGAUGAGAAAUCGUCGAACAGGGCAGGCCCGUAACUAGGGGGGGGUUGAGGGGGUUCUGACCCCCCCCCGAAAUUUUUUUGAUGCUUUAACUUUUCGGGUGAUACUAAAAUAUUUACACGCCUUCACAGCGACCACCAGCUGCCAAAGUUACACUGCAACUUUCCUGGCAUUGCUUCCCUCUUCUUCCUUUCUUCAAACCUACCCUUUUACCAGAACAC